GAAGCGGAGUCCAGGAGUUCAGCCUGCGCUGCUGCACCCACUGCGCACCGCUCCCUUCCCCGAGCUUGAGAAGAGGCUUGUGAGAAUCUGCUGGGUUUGGUGACCCGCUUGUUCCUGGGAGGCCACAGUCGUGGGCAGGAGAAAGGAGAAAGGCAAGCAGCAAUUCGGAGGUUGCCAGUCAUGGGUAACGCAGGCGAACCCUUGAGCCCGUUGUGCCGGUGGUACAUCUACGCCCUCCACGGCUACCUCGCAGAGAUUGGCUUCACAGCCACGUGCAACCUCCUCGCGCACUGGGACUGGAGAUUACUGGGGGUCGCCAGCGUCUGGGUCCUGUUCAUCUACGGCACUUUCGGCAUGAUCUUGGAACACCUCUACCUCCGUCUGCGGUGCCGGUGUAACCUCGUGGUCCGGGGCUUCCUCUACACCCUUUGCAUCUACGCUUGGGAGUUCUGCAUUGGCUACAUCCUGCGCUGCUUCAACGCCUGCCCCUGGGACUACAGCGGCUACCGUCACAACUUCAUGGGUCUCAUCACCCUGGAGUAUUGCCCCUUGUGGUUUGUCGGGUCCCUCUUGCUGGAGAGGGUGGUGGUCCACACGCUCCGCCUCCGGCUGGAUGAGACCUGGGAGCCCAAAGAGUAUCCCUCGCCCAAUUCUGAACAGAAACGUCUGUGGAAGGAGGAGUAGAGGGAGGGGGGUGACCUGCCGCCGCCCCUCAAACGCACUCUGCAGUUGGCAACUCUUCCCUUUCUUUGGAUCAGUUCUCUCCCUCUUUUCUCCCUCCUCAGAAGGCGAGAGGAUAGUGCGGGAAACACAUUUCCGUUUUGUCAAGCCAAUGCGGGGAUAGGGGCCUUUGCCCGUGACGGGAGAGUCAGGGUUCAAAUUCUCCCUAGCGGUCACAAAGCUCGCUGGACGACCUUGGUCUAGACGUGAUCUCUCGGCCUGACCCACCUCACAGGGCUGUUGUGAGAGUCGUAUGAAGGGGAGAACCCGGUCUAGGCCAGCCGUAGAGGAAGGGUGGCAGUCAAAACGUGAUUUAUGGUGAUGAUGAAGAAUAUUAUUAUAGGUGCUAGUAGGUGUUCUCUUUCUGACGCGUUCUUGCCACAUGGUGGCAGUUCCCAGCUUCCGGUUGGGGGCAGCGCUGUCUUCGUCCAGGGCGAGCUGACCCAUUUUAAUCCUUUGGUAUGUACCCUGUCUGUUUAGCGAGAGCUGGAUUUCCCCACGCACAAAAUGCAGGAAGGCUCUCAGAUUACACGGGAGCGUCCAUAUGACCAGUGCUCCCUCUAAGCGGAGCUAGUGUGAGCCAGCUCACUGUUUUUGAGCCUCCGGCU